ACAUGAGAAUCAUAUGAUAGAAAAAAUCAUGAAAUCUAUCACUGAUGAGCAGAAACAACAUUUUUUUUAUCAGACGUUAGAUAAGAUUAAAUCUUUUAUUCGAAAAUGAUUUCAUGCAUACCUUCAAAUAUUAUAAAACAACACCCACUGACGAGUUGAUUGGUAAAUAAGACAAUCAUUAGUACGCUAUUGUUUAAAUUGAAAUCUUUAUAUCGUAGCCAUUUAUUUGCGUUUAAUCAGGUUUAAAGUUACUUCAGUACAGAAGUUAUUUUAAUGCUGUAAUUGUUUAACGAAAUUCUUUGAAAUUGUUGAAAUGUCCUACGAAGCUAAAGGCGAAUAUUUAUUCAUUUGGAAAAUAGAAAAUUACUCCUUUUCUCCGCAAAGGAAUAAAAAAUUCGUGGCUAGUAGUCUGUUCUCAACAGAAAACAUUGGAGACAGCCUUUGGCUUAUGUAUUUAUACCCUAAAGGUAAAGAUGAAGAAUCUCAAGGCUAUGCUUCUGUUUAUAUAACGAGAUGGAAAAAUGAUAUCCGAACAGAUGUUAACCAUAUUGACAUAAAAUUCGAAAUCGUUGCACCUGACGGGAACAUUUUAAUAUCAAAGAAAAAUGAAAAUGUAUCAAUCGAAAGAGGAGGCGUCUUGGGGUGUAGGAAGUUCUUUGACAUUAAAGAAAUGACACUUGCAAUGGAGGACUGGAAAGAGGAUACGUUGGUUGUACAUUGCACUUUGUUCAACCGAAAGCAGUUAAUAUGUGAAGCUCGAACAAAAGUUGAGGUUGAUCACUGCAUUUUCAAGUGGGACGUUAAAUUUCAAAAUGGUUCCAACUCAAUCCUACCACUGAAAAGAGAGUUUUGUUUGUGUGACACGUUAAACUUUGAUAUAAAUUUAGCUGCACUAAGUGAUGAUAUCAAACUGUCAGUAAGUAAAAGAGAUAAUGAUAUAUUUGUCCUAAAAUUAUCUUGUAGGGUUUCUUUGCUCGAUGCAGACGGAUCUGAAGUAGUUUCAAAAAGGGCAAUUCAUAUGUUUGAGGAAAAAAACAACAGUGUUUGGGAAUUCCCAACUUUCAUAAGUGUUAAGUAUUUAAAAGACAAUAAAGGCAGUCUUCUGCGAAGCGGUGUUUUUUCCUUACUUUUUGAAUUUUAUUCAUCGAAAGAAGAAGAUCCUGUAGUAGUUACUAAUCCAAUUUGUGUUAGUUUAAUAGAAAAAUACGUUAUUAUAACUUUAAGAGAGAACUUACAGCAAAUGUAUAGCAGUAAUUUGCAUACAGACAUACAGCUGCAGAUCGAGGGCAAGCUAUUUCAGGCACAUAAAUCAGUUUUGGCUGCUCGGUCACCUGUUUUCAAAGCCAUGUUUGAACUGGACAUGAUUGAAAGUCAAACUGGCGUUGUUAAUAUUCCUGAUGUGGACGCUGACGACUUCGGGUUGUUUUUAGAAUUCUUGUACACCGCGACAGUUGAAAAUAUAGAUUACGAAACUGCAAGCAAACUAAUAAUAUUAGCUGAUAAAUACCAAAUAACAUCAUUAAAGGUUUAUUGCAGUAAAGUUUUAAAAUCACAUUUAAGCGUAGAAAACGUAUGUGAAGUAAUACAUUUAGCUGACAUGCUCAAUUGUAAAAGUUUAGAAGCUGCUGUCGUAGAUUUUAUUGCAGUACAUGCAAAAGAAAUAUUAACUUCCCCAGAAUGGAUGAAAUUGAGUGAGAAAAAUUCUAAAUUAGCUAGUGAAGUGGUAUCAAAAAUCGCUAUAAAUUUUGAAGUGGUUCCUAAAAAGAAUCAUAAAUGAGAUAGUUUCUCAGCUUACUUGAAAAUAUUUGAAGAACGAGAAAUAUCCAAGUAACGCCAUUAGACGUGUCUGGUGAUAAAGAAGGAUUCUUGGAAUUUAUAAGAUUUUAAGUAGUUUAGAGCACUUGAUUGUUCUUAAAAAUAAAUGUAUUGUUUUCACAAAUCAAAUGUAUUAUAUUUUAACUAUUGUUGAAAACAAAAUAUAGU